UAAUAUAAUUAUACAGCAAUAGUUAGUUAUCCAUUCCGAAAGCGAUCGUUCGCAAUGGCGGCCGCGUAUCUGUUGGGACUAUUCUUUGUCUUGGGCUAUGCCCAGGCUGGCCUAUUCAGGGCUGAACCAGCCGUUAUCGAGGACUUAAGAGUCCAGUCCGGCUCUCGUAUUGUGGCUGGCCAGCCCGCCGAGGAUGGUCAGAUCCCCUUCCAAGUGAGCGUGCGUAUGGUCAACAACUUCGGAGCCGUCAGCUCCUGCGGUGGAUCCAUCAUCGACGAGAAAUGGGUGCUCACAGCUGCCCACUGCCUGGCCAACCGUUUAACUUUCGUCGUCCGCCUGGGUUUGACAAACCUGACUCGUCCUGAUUACAUCGUGGAGACAGACCUCAAGUACAUCCACCCCAAGUAUAAUGAAAUCCUCGCCGGAGUUCAGACUGAUGACAUCGCUCUGCUUGGACUCUACCAGGCUGUUACCUUCACCCCCAACUUGCAACCCGUGCGUCUGCAGAGCCGUGCCCAGAAGAACAACAACUACGACGGUGUCGUCCUGACUGUUAGCGGAUACGGCCGUACCGACGAUCUGUGGAACGGUGGUGCUGCAUCCGAGAUCUUGUUGUGGGUGCUGCAGCGCGGUAUCACCAACGAGGAGUGUCUGAGCUGGUACAUCAACAGCAGCGUCAUCAAGGACGAGACCCUCUGCGUGCAAUACUACGACAAUCCUUCCCAGUCUUCAUGCCAGGGUGACAGCGGUGGCCCCCUGACCGCCAUCGAUGAAGAUGGAGUGCGCACCCAGGUUGGAGUCGUGAGCUUCGGAUCUAACGCUGGAUGCAACACCCCCUGGCCUUCUGGCUACGUUCGUCCCGGACACUACCACGACUGGUACUUAGAGGUCACCGGCAUCGACUUCGACUGGACCGUCGCCGAGGAAAGCUCCUCUGAAGAAGACAGCUCAUCAUCAUCCGAAGAGGACUCCUCCGAGAGCAGCGAAUCUGACGAGGAGGAGCCCGAAGAGCCUGAGCAGCCAGAGGACCCUGAGAGCCCUGAGGACCCAGAGGACCCUGAGGAGCCAGAGGACCCUGAACAGCCUGAAGACCCUGAACAGCCAGAGGACCCUGAACAGCCUGAAGACCCAGAACAGCCAGAGGACCCUGAACAGCCAGAGGACCCCGAACAGCCUGAAGACCCUGAGGUCCCAGAAGACCCUGAGGUCCCAGAAGACCCUGAGGUACCAGAAGACCCUGAACAGCCAGAGGACCCUGAGGUCCCAGAAGACCCUGAGGUCCCUGAGGACCCUGAGGUACCAGAAGACCCUGAACAGCCAGAGGACCCUGAGGUGCCCGAAGACCCUGAGGUCACUGAGGUGCCCUACUUCUCUAAAGUACACUUUGUCAACUAAAUUAUAAAUAAAAAACAGUGUUUACUUUAAACAUAUA